ACGUAUAUGGACGGCCAUCUUGAAUUAUUCCAAUCAGCUCGAAUUGCUCUGUCAUUGGGUUCCUUCGUAAGAUCGUGUGUGAUUUUCGGUAUUGGCCGCUUACGAAAUAGUUUAAACGUAGUAAUUUGUGUCUUGCUAAAAAAUUAAGUUAUACUCAAGAUGUCGAGCGGGGCGUUGUUUGGUAAUAGUACCGUUCGGGGGGCGUCUAAGAAUCUGGUCGAAUUCAAAGCUGGAAAAAUGACUAUGAAAGAGCAGAUGGUUUAUCCGGAUACUCGAAAAGGAUUGCUUUAUGUCUACCAGUCGGACGACACGUUAAUGCAUUUCUGUUGGAAAGAUCGCACCUCCGGCGUAGUGGAAGAUGAUUUGAUUAUCUUCCCAGACGACUGCGAGUUCAAGCAUGUACCUCAAUGUAAAUCAGGAAGGGUAUAUCUUCUGCGCUUUAAAUCGUCUAGCCGAAAGUUCUUCUUUUGGUUGCAGGACCUUAAUACUAGUAAAGACGAAGAACAAUGUAGAAAAAUCAACGAGGUCUUGAAUAAUCCCCCUACUCCUGGAUUGCAACGAAGUGGAAGUGCUAAUCCGGAUGGAGAUUUGCAAAAUCUUUUGAAUAAUAUGUCUCAACAGCAAUUGAUGCAGUUGUUUGGUGGGGUCGGUCAAAUUGGGGGUCUGGGUAGUUUAUUGGGAGCAAUGAAUAGGUACAACGUACAAAGCAAUAGAGCAUAUACGCCCUCGUCGUCUACUCCGGUAACGACGAGCGUAGCCAGGCCGCCAGCAGCCCAAACCCCGGUGCCCUCGUCAGUUCCUGUCUCCGAGUCUUCCAAGUCUUCAGGUGCCAGUAAGUCCGUUUCCAGAACAGCGGCACUAUCUACCGCCGUAACGAAUGCUUCUCCUAGCACUCCCAUUCAACUCCGCGAUCUACAGAGUUACCUCUCUGGUAUAUCAACACCAGCAGGUGCCGAGCCCAUUGCCCAGAGGGGCGUAGCGACCGAGCUGACCAAGUCCAUCCCACCGGCGAUCGCUACGACGGAAAGUCUGGAGCGUGCGAUGAGCGUGCACUUGCCACCCGGGGACAGCCUCUGUACCACGCUCUCGUCUCCCCAGUUCUCCCAGGCGCUCUCAAUGUUUUGGUCUGCUUUGCAGUCGGGCCAGGCGGGCCCAGUCGUCCGCCAGUUCGGCCUGGAUCCGAACGCGGUCAGGGCCGCCGUCAGGGGGAACCUGGAAGAGUUCGUCACCGCCCUGGAGUCCGAAGCCAAGGCCGCUCAAGGCCAGUCCCAAUCAGAAGACCAACGCCCGGCCGAGGGUCAGCAGAGCAAGGAGGAGGCCGCGGAGAGGAAGCCUCCUCCUCAGGGCGGCGCCCCCACCGAGAAGAAGGACGACGACGACGAGGGCAUGUACCUCGACUGAGGAUCGCUCGUCUCCGAGGCCGCGCUAUCGGGCGUCUUAUCUUUAUCGAAGGCUUUCUUUGCGGCGACGUCCCGCGAGGCGGGAAUACAAUUUUUAGAGGGAGAUAUAUACCGGUAAGCCGAUGCUCGACCCGGAGGGAAUUUUUCCGUAACGUGUUUCUUUGAGGUACUAUUUAUACUUUCCGUCGGAAAGAGAGAGAGAGAGAGAGAGUGCUCGUUCUGUCGAAAUUUGUAGCGUCCGGGAGUGAUCUUUGCCUCCACCGUGUUUAUAUGUUGGAGCGAGUAGCUGAAUUAAUUUAGGCCGAAAUCAAAUUUGUAAGAUGUGUUUGGUUGCGUCCCGUUGAUCAAGUAACAAGGUUUUGUGUUUAAACGAUGAGAUGUAAGUCGCCGUUCAUGGAUUAAUCGACUUUGUCAGCGGUCGAUCGACUAGAGCGCAGAAUAUAUUAAAUAUGCCCAUAGGUUGCCUGUAUAAAUAUUGAAGAUAUUUUAUAACGAUGCCAAGAACCGGUUAAGUAAUUCGAGCAGAAAUUACCGUAGCUGGGCUUACAUCGGACUUUGCGACUCCGUAUCGUACUUCUUGAACGAGCUGGCUGCUUCGAUAUCGUUAAUCGGGGGGGAAUAAAACGUAAUUAUAUAGUGACUAAUCGGUGUAAGAUCUUCGAUACGAGGUAGACAUUAAGCCCUGGUUCAAACCCAUGGGCCACGUCUUUACCGCGCCUUAUUCGUAUUAGCUAUUUUCUGUAACGCCUUCGCGUAUCUAGACUGCCACGAUUAUGUCGCGAUAAACGGUAGUCGUUGCCAACCCUUUAUACAACUGUUUUCUAAUUAACCUAGUACACUAGAGAAUUCGUUCGUUGUGACUUGUUUUCGUGAAUUUGUAUCGCCAAUUAAUUAAUUGAAUAAAAAUCGCUCCGCGUAGCUAAA